CGCUACAAAUGGCGCGAAAUCGCGCCAAAUUUCUAAAGGUUAUGUUCAUUGUAUUAUGUUAGUGAUAAUUAAUGAUUACUUAAUUCGAUUAGUAAUCGUCGGUGAUGAAUGACACGAGUGUUGAAAAAGUUGAAUUUGAUGAUACAUUCAUUACACAAGUGAUUAAAAAGAAUUCAGAAAAAGUUUGACAGAAUGGAAAGCAAUAAUUUAAGCCGAAACGAUGAAACUGACAAUGACGCAAAAGAUAGUUGUGCGAAUCUGAAGAAGUCAAUUCCACUUAUAAAUGAAUUAUUCCAUGUACAUUGUAAAAUUGGGAAAGGUACAUUUAGCUCCGUAUAUUUGGCUACUCUAAAGUCUUCUAAUAGUCCUGUACAUAAAAAGUAUGCAUUGAAACACUUAAUUCCCACUUGUCAUCCUGAUAGAAUCGAACGUGAAUUACAAUGUUUGCAACAGAUGGGAGGCAAAGAUCAUAUUGUUGGGGUAGAAUUAUGUUUAAGAAAUCAAGGUUCAAUAGUAUUUGUAAUGCCAUAUAUGAGACAUGAUAAAUUUUCAGAAUAUGUCAAAGAUAUGACUGUAGAAGAACUGAAGGAUUAUAUGAGAGCUCUAUUAAGUGCUGUACGAAGAGUUCAUCAGUUUAAUAUUAUACACCGAGAUGUGAAACCCAGUAAUUUUCUUUAUGACCGUACCAAUAAAAAAUAUUUAUUGGUAGAUUUUGGUUUGGCACAGCAAUGCAGUGAAUACAAUGCAGAGAAUUUGGAAACAAUGAUAGGAAUAAAUGAAAGAAAGACUGAAAUACAGAGCAUGAAACGAAAGAGAUCUGAAAACUUAAGCUUCCAGUCUAAUUCAAACAUUACAAGGAACAACGUGGAUAGCAAAUGUUACUGUUUUGGAAAACCUAAAGUGUGCGUGUUAUGUUUAACAAAACCAUCACAAACAGCGCCUCGUGCAGGCACACCUGGGUUUCGUGCUCCUGAAGUUUUACUGAAAUACCCAUCACAAACUUUAGCAAUUGAUAUUUGGGCUUGUGGUGUGAUGAUGCUAUGUAUACUUAGUGGUACACAAGUGUUUUUUCGUUCGCCCGACGACUGCACAGCUUUAGCCGAAAUAACAACGAUAUUUGGAUCUCAUAAAGUACAAAAAUGUGCACAAAAAUUAGGUAAAAAAGUUAUUUUUAGUGAAAAUUUACCAGGCAUUGAUAUUAUGUCUCUGUGCCUAAAGUUACGAAAAAGAAACAAAAGCAUGAUGCAUGAUAGAGAGAAUAGUACAUGCAAGGUAUUGCCAAAUAGUCAGUAUCCUAUGGAAGCAUAUCAUCUCUUGAGAAAACUAUUAGAUUUAGAUUAUAAAACACGUAUCACUGCUGAUCAGGCAUUAUCUCAUCCAUUUCUAAGUUCAUGACAUAUACCUGAUUCUUUUAUAAAGCAUGUGUCUCUAAAGAAACUUAAAAUUAAAGACAGGCCUAAUAUUUUUAUGCAUGAGAUAUAUAUAUAAAGAUAGAUUAUGGCUGCUUUCCAUUUACAUUAAAAAAUCAGAUAAAUCUCACUUUUGACUUCCUUCAACAUCCAUGUUAAGUGAGAUUUAUCAGUUUUAUAUAAAUAGAAAAAAUAGGAUUUCUUUCAAAUCUGUUGUACUGUUACACUUACUUCAAAUUAUUGUAUAUAUCCUAUAGAUGUAUUAGUAGUAUUCAUGCUUCUUUUAUGUAUACUAGUAUUUGAUCUUUACUGUUCUCCUUAAGUUGCAUUAACAUUCCUAAAAUAAUAACAUAUAUACAUUUAUUUUCAAAUAUUAUAAUAUAAUUUUAUCUUUUAAAUCUUUAGCUAAAUUAUAGAAGUCAAAACAGCUUGUUAAAUUGUAUAUAUAAUUCAUUUAAUUAGGUAUUAAUUGUUAUCAAUAAGUUAUUGUUAUAAUUGUCUACUUUUUGCUUUAUCUAAACUUCAAAGUUUUCUUCUGGAAGAAAAAAUAUAACUCAAUUUCACAAAAUCAAGUCGAAUAAUUUAUUAUAUUAUGUUAUCAUUCGAUGUACUCUCACAAUCACAAGCUACGAAUAAUACGAAACAAUCUCGACAGUAUUCGAAUGUUUGAAUAAAGAAUAAAAAAUAAGAAAAUA